AUGCCGAAGGGUGCGACUCGGCUGCGGUUUGUCACAGGGGCGGGUGAGGCAGACAAAGCACCCCGUAUCAACCUCAAAGACCUCGGCCUGGAUCCCAAGCUCUUCUCGCCUUCGAGCGCCGAUCUCAUCAGCAAGCUGCCGGACACGCCCUCCUCGAGGGCCCUCGUGCUGGACAUUGCUCGAGCUGCAGUGAAGCAAGAGCCGAAGCGGACUCGCCGCCGGCUGGAUGAGGACUUCGCUGGGGUCCAGGAACUCGCACCGACCGAGUUGCAAGUCCUGAAGGAAGCAGAUGCCGCAAUCAAAGCAGGCAUCACAACCGAAGGAUUGCUAGAGCACGAGAAGUUCGCAAGAAAGGCUUCUCUCGGAGCCGAGGGUCAGGGCUCUGCCAAGAGAUCCAAGCUUUUUGAUCUCAUGGACAAGAAAAAAGAGAUUGAGAGAGAGAUCUUUGAACAGCAGCAACAAGAAGCUUUGGAGCAGCAGCUAGCAGAGCAAGUAUGUGCAGAGCAGCAACGACAGGAAAAGGAACGGCUUCUUCAGGAACAAGCAGAGCAGGCACGUCUAGAACAGCUACGACAGGAAAAGGAACGACUUCUCAAGGAGCAAGCGGAGCAGGCACGUCUAGAGCAGCUACGAGAGGAAAAGGAGCGACUUCUCAAGGAGCAAGCAGAGCAGGCACGUCUAGAACAGCUACGACUCCGGGUGGAACAGGAUAGAAUCGACAAGGAACGAGCUGAGAAGCUUCGUGCCCGUGCAGGCUUUGUCAGUUCUGUGCAAAAGGCUCUCUUCACGCAGGCCUGGCAGGAGCUCGAAGCAGCAUCUGCAGCAGACUCGUUGGAUGUUGCACACCGUUUGACGAAAGAGGUGCUAGCCGGUGCGGCUCUUGAGACUGUGGACGUGACAGAUACUGAAGCAGCACUGGCUUCGUUUCGAGCCCAGAUGAAAUCCCGAGUCAGGUUGCAUCUGCAGACUACAGACACCCUCCCGCUGAAUGGUUCGGAUUUCAGCUCCCCUCCGAAAGCAGCCUGCCCUCCCAGUGGACCUGCUAAGAUGCCUGGUGCAGACACAAUCGACCAGGCCACGAGGCACGAGGAGGCACAACAAAUCCCGCAAGCUUGGAACAAGCAAGCUCUAGAGGAGGAGCAAGCAGCACUUCGGAAGCUGCAGCAGUUGAAGGACGAUGCUGCUCGGGAUGAAGAGGAGCUCUCAAAGCUCCAGGCCAGGAUGCAGCAGAGACAGUUGGACUCACAGUCCCAAGCGAAAGCAGCCCUUUUGGCCCGCUCCCGUUCCCAAGCCAGCCUCUCCUCCGAGCGGUCCACAGCGAGCCCCAGUCCGGCACCAGCAUCCUCGCUCGCAGCGACCACGACCACGCCAACGACGCCGUCUGAGCCCUCGGCAGCACAUGCACGGACCGAUACAACGGCUGACAUCAGCCCAGAGCAGUUGCAGCAGAUGUGCCAAGUUCAGAAGGAGUUGUCGGCCAUCAAAAUCAACUCUGCGACCCACAAGUUGGAGUGGAAUUACCUGUAUAGGUUGGUCACCCCCAACUCCAAAGGGCAGCCGAAGUGCGACAUCGACAUCUACAACAAAUGGCACCAGGGUGGUGCGGCAAAGCAGGAACUGCUGAGGGACUUUGUCUUGAAGUGCUACAAGCCCAACGACUACGAAGGAAACAAGGGACGCCUCGAGACGUUGAUGAUUUACAGAAGGGAGAAGAGCAAGUCCCAGAAAACCAACUUGAUCCGUGGAUGGAACAAGGUGAAAGGGGCCAUGCAAUACUGCGAGAAGCACCGGCUCACGAAGCGGUGCAAAUACACGAACGAGCUCAAGUUCCUGGUUGAGUUAGAGGACAGAGUAGACGACGAGCUACUUGUUCGCUUAAAGCUCGAAGAGGAAAUGUCUGCCAUAAACGGCGAUUACACAGACGACUGCUUCGCCUUCAGCAUCGCCACCGAGGAGGGCGAUGAGCCUGCUGCUGGCAAGGAGGGCAACAAGAAGCUGGUGCUGGAGGAGUGGCCCGAGAUCAUCGAGGACAACUUGAUUCUCAGGGUGAAGAAGUACAAGGACCACGCCGUGAAAAGGAAAUCCACGUUCAAGGCCACGGAGGCCUUGUAUUCUGCCUUGGGUGUCGAGAUUGAUGAGUAUCAGCUCUACCUAGACAUGGAGAUGGAAGCUUUGAGGGAGAGCAUCAUGGAGCUGUAUGCCACAAUCCCGGAGGAGUACGAUACAUCUCUGGAUUUGCUAAGAGCUGCUGCAGAUGUCUUUACGAGUUUGAGGUAUCAGACGAUCGGCCAGCCCAUGAUACGAGUCACAACCGGCCUUCGCCCACGCAAUCCCAAAGAUGAAGUACCACUUCACUUGCAGUACAUCAAAAAUGGCCUUCAUCCAAGUAUGCUGUACAACCAAGUCACCGGUACUUUGGAUUUCUUCCAGCAGCUCAUCGUUCCAGUUGAGAAUGACUUCGCCAACCUGAAGAAAGCCCUAGAUGCCAUCCUGGAGACCUACAACCUGGUCUGUGCUGUGGAAACCGGUGCUGACAAGAAGAAGCCGCUUGGGAGCAAGAACGCCUCAGAGCUAUGCCUCGCAUUGCUCUUCGCUUCAAUCGCAGACAUACUUCAAGCGGCGAACCGCUGCAAAGAAGGCUCCCAAGCCGAAGGUGGCCGUGACCUCGUGGAUGAGGUCGUGGGUACUUUCAUCGCUGGCAAUGCAUCCAAAGCAGUGUCCAUUGCAAACACAGCUACAAAGCGAACUGUGUCUGCCUAUUUGGAGGGUGAGCAAGAAACCUGGGAUUUGAAAAAGAUCGCCAAAACCCAUGGCACUGGAUCCGGAAAUCAGUUCCGAGGCCUUGUUCGAGGUUUGGAGCAGAUGGGCCGCACGCUCAAGGUUGAAAUCGACUACAUCGCUGUUCCUUACUACAACCAAGGCAUUUGCCAGCACCCCAUACUUUCAACUCGAAGCCUGUUUACCUACAUGCUUCACAAUGGGUGCUCCAAGCUGCUGCUGGGAGGCUACGAUAUCAAAAUGAAUGAAUCCAGAACUGUUCUUCGGCAAUGGUGGGAACGAUACAGGGUCUACGAUCCCGGUCACCCAGUUUUCGACAGCAAACCGUUGGAGGACACCGUGCCGCUGGCUGUAUAUGGAGACGAGGGGACCGGUAAACGAAAGCACCCCUGCUACAUCCUUGCAACCAAGGCAAUGCUCAACUGUCGCAACAACAGCUACUAUCGCAACUUCUUGUACACGAUCGCAGCCCAUGAGCUUUACCGGGGAUUUCACAAAGGUUCAUCGCAACACAACGAAUGUUUGGAUGAGAUUGUGCGACAUUACUCGCUGGCAGCUGGUUCUCUCUUUCGAGAAGGUUACCGGGGCAUCACUGUGGAUGUCAAUGGCACGGGCACUGGAGUUCGCACGCUUUACUUCGCUUAUGUUGGAUGUCUUGGAGAUUUGCCUUUUCAGGCCAAGAUCUGGAAGCAAGAGCGAAAUUUUCAGUGUGCAGCUUGCUGUCCUUUCUGCUUGGCCACACGAGACGAUCUUUGGGAUGUUUCAGACCAGCCCUCUUGGGCAUCGCCAGAUGUGCCCGCCCCAUGGUUGGAAGAUUCAGUUCUUGCCACGAUCCCUGGGAUGUCAGCUCCUGUUAUGGCCCGACAUGACAUUUUUCACCUUGGACAUUUAGGGGUGGCACGCUAUUUUUAUGCAUCCACCCUGGUGCUGCUGUGCCGGAACUUUGGCUUCUGGCCUGGUUCUGCUUCGGACACGUUGGGUUCCAGACUAGCAAAUGCAUGUGAUGAUUUUCGCACUUUCUGUCGAGGGGUCGGGCAGACCCCCUUUGUGAAGGAGUUUACAACUACAAACCUCCAUACAGCUCAAACUGGUUUCCCCAAAUGCAACUUCAAGGCAAGCGACUCUGUGCUCAUUAUGGACUUCUUGGAAGAUUACUUGGAUCGACCCUGGAGGUUCGACGACGAAGGGGUCCAGCGCACCAUGCUGACAGCGAUUAUUCAGUACAAUGCUUUUCACAGGUGUUGCUGGAAAGCAGACGACAGGAGGUGGCUGAGUCGUGAAGAAGCAACAAAGGCAGCAUGCUGCCUGGAUGCUUUUAUCUCCUGCUACGUCUUGCUGGCGAGGUGGGCCUUCCGAAGGGAAAUUUGCCAUUAUGUGCUGGUUCCAAAGCUACACUUCCUGAAGCACCUGGUGCUGGACAUGCAGAAGGAUUUAGCAAACCGAGCAGCAACAAAAAUCGCCAACCCGGCCAUGUUUGCCACGCCGGACGGUGAAGACUUUGUCGGACGGAUAGCUAGGCCGGUGCGGGAGCUGCACAGCUCUACUGCAUCUUUAGGGCGACUGCAAAUCUAUAGAGCAGAAAUGCUACAAGAAUGGGCAGGGAAUGGCUAG